AUGUCGCACAUCGACUACGCCCUCUUCGAGGCCCCCGUCGGCUAUGCCGUCUUCAAGGUGGUGCACCAGGCGGACGCGGUCGGCCUCAAGUUGAAGGAGGUGCAGGAGGCCGCGACGGACCUGGCGCGGUUCGGCAAGAUGCUCAAGCUGGUCAACUUUACGCCGUUUGAUGGCCACGCGGACGCGAUCCACAACAUCAACGAGGUGUCCGAGGGCAUGUGCACCGACUUCCUCAGGUCGGUGCUGGAGCUCAACCUGCCCAAGACGAGCGGCAAGAAGAGCAAGGUGGUGCUGGGGGUGACGGACCGCAACCUGGCGGGGGCCAUCAAGGGCGAGUUCCCGGGGCUCGAGUGCGAGACGGGCGACACGAACCAGGUGGUGGCGGACGUGAUGCGGGGGAUCCGGCUGCACGCGGAGAAGCUCAUCGAGGGCCUCAACGCGGGGGACAUUGAGAAGGCGUGCCUGGGCAUGGCGCACGCGUACUCGCGGGCCAAGGUCAAGUUCAGCGCGACGCGCAACGACAACCACAUCAUCCAGGCGAGCGCCAUCAUCGACACGCAGGACAAGAGCCUCAACCAGUUCCUGAUGCGGGUGCGCGAGUGGUACGGCUGGCACUUCCCCGAGCUGGUCAAGAUUGUGUCGGACAACCUGACGUACGCCAAGCUGGUGCUGGCGAUUGGCAACAAGAAGACGCUGACGGACGAGCGGCUGCACGACCUGGCGGCCAUUGUGGGCGGCGAGGACGGCAACAAGGCGCAGGCCAUCAUCGACGCGGCCAAGGUGUCCAUGGGCACCGACGUGUCCGACGAGGACAUGCAAAUCAUGCUCGGCCUGACGCGCAACGUGGUGCGCCAGGCCGACGCCCGCGGCCAGACGUCGGCCUACCUGCAGCAAAAGAUGAGCAGCGUCGCGCCCAACCUGCAGGCCCUCAUCGGCACCACCGUCGGCGCCCGCCUCAUCUCGCAGGCCGGCUCGCUCAACAACCUGGCCAAGGCCCCCGCCUCGACCCUGCAGAUCAUGGGCGCCGAAAAGGCCCUCUUCCGCGCCCUCAAGAGCAAGAGCAACACCCCCAAGUACGGCAUCAUCUACCACAGCAGCUUCAUCGGCAAGGCCUCGCCCCGCGACAAGGGCCGCAUCUCGCGCUACGUCGCCAACAAGUGCAGCAUGGCCUGCCGCAUCGACAACUUUUCCAUGGAGCCCUCGACCCGCUUCGGCGAGGCCUUUAAGGAGCAGGUCAACGACCGCCUCGAGUUUUACGCCACCGGCAAGAAGCCGCUCAAGAACGCAGACGUCAUGAAGGCCACCAUGGCGUCGCUCGGCCAGGACGAGGACAUGGCCGACGCCCUCGACGCCGACGCCGAGCCGGCCGCCGAGAGCAAGGGCAAGGACAAGAAGGACAAGAAGGACAAGAAAGACAAGAAGGACAAGAAGCGCAAGCGCGAAGAGGCGGCGUCGCCCGUCAAGUCCGAAAAGAAGAAGCGCAAGUCCAAGGCCGCGGACGAGUAG